AUGCCUCAUCUCAUCACCACCGUUGGUCUGCUGCUUCUUCUCCAUCUCCUCACCUGUCCCUCCGAAGGCCGCCAUGAUGUCUGCACGUUACCAUUAGAGACAGGACACUGCCGGGCUGCCUUUCGGAGAUUUGGCUUUGAUGCCGGUACCGGAAAGUGCGAGGAGUUUAUCUACGGAGGCUGUGGUGGCAACGGCAAUAACUUUGAAACACUGGAAGAAUGUCAGCGUAUGUGUGAAAAGUGA